GAUCGUCAGCGUGCCAAGUUCCAUUCGCAGCUAUGAUUUACUACGACGCAGCUCGGCUGUGGGGUGUGUUAUUGCGUUGGCACGGGUCUGCACUGAACGGUCAAGCGCCGAUCCGAGCGCUGCACAUGGCGCUGGUUGCGCUGGUCGUCGCGCUGUUGGAUCACUACUACGUGUUCAUGGUGACGACUAGCAAGUCGAUUGCGUUCACAGAUUCGCUGACCGUGUUCAACACGUUCCUCGGUCUUGUCGUUUCUUUCCGAUUGAACUCGGCUUUUAACCAAUGGAGAUCGGGUAUGGUCGCAAUGGGGGCGCUCUCAGAGGCGGCGAGGGACAUCGUCGGCUCUGGGUGUGCGUAUGUGAGCACCACGAUCAAAGAGGAAGUGAAUGAAUACGCGAACGACGAGGCUAAAGCACAGAACAGCGAUCAGAUUGAUGAAACCAAGCCGCGUCCCAUUUCGCGGGAUAUUUUAGAGAAAUGCACAUUUUUCACCGAGUUGCGUCGUCUGGUGUUCCUGUACAUCACCAUCGUAUUCCACGACUGUCGUGGCCGAGAUGACGUAGACAAGCUGAUGGACUUGGGUGUACUGACCAAUGCUGAGUAUGACGAACUGUUUGCCAGUGGCUCGGAACACAAGAAGGGAGAGGAGAUCGAAUCGUACUGCGAUUUAGUGCGUCGAACACCUCACAAACUACGCGCUACCAUCACCGAACUAUGGCUUAAACGACUUGUACAGGUGGCAGCUCAGUGUGGCCAUUUGACACCUGGAAACGCCAGUACGUUGCAAGGCAAGAUUUCUCAAUUGCCCAAUCUGUACACGACGGUCUUCCACAUCGCCAACGUGCCGAUCCCGUUCAAUUACAUGCAAUAUCUUCAGUUCUUGCUUGCAGCGUACAUGCUCCUCUACAUGUUUGUGAUCGUGCCAAACUCGGGACUAUACACACCCAUUUGGGUGUUUCUAUGGGGAACAUUCCUCUUUAUGGCCGACGAAAUUGCGAUGGAGAUCGAAUGUCCCUUUGGUUUGGACGCUAACGACAUUGAUUUAGAGGAAAGAUUGCUGCAGAUCGAGGAAGAACUGACGGUUCUCGUCCGCAGCCAGUACUACUUUAUUACCGGUGGGUCCAGUCUAUGCUUUACCGGUGGAUUGUGGUGCCAAGUGCCGAACGCAACGAAGGAAUCCACGCCUGAAAUGACGAAGUCGUUCUCGUUCCACCAAGGUCGCUUGUCUCCGUCGAAUAUUGCUACCGUGGAGAAACACAUGCUGCCAGAGAUCAACGAGUUCACUGCUUUGAUCGAAGAUUCUGCAAAACUCAAAAAAUUCCAGAAGACUGCAAAAAACUCGUCUGGAAGUAGUGGGUACGGAUCGAUGGCUUCUGUGAUAUAG